CAAAAGAUUAACCCAGAGCGCUUGACGCGCAAAAAGAGGUGGGGGCUGAAGAGUACUCCGUAGUAAGUGCAUGUCAUGUGCGCGAUCAAGCAAAAAAAAGGGGCCGUCGCGCGCAACUUGACCAUCGAUCAAUCGAUCAAUUGAUUGGCUUCGCCUUCAACUCAAUCGUUGACCGACAUGGACGGACUCGUGCGUGUUCGCUGUACACACCACGCAGACGAGAUGAGCCAUCCUCAUUCCUACCGAAAAGUCCUACGGAAAGACCGGACCAUUACAGCCCGGGCGGCCUCGACCGGCGACGCCCUGAACAGAGCAACGUGCAUGCAGCGUCAGGAACAGAGAAUAGCUCCACCGCCUGCCAGUGUGCAGAAUUGCGGCACGGCUGUGUUGGUUGGUAGCGCGCAAAAUUAAGAGGCCAGCAGCAAUGGGCAACCCUCCAAACAAAAAAAGACCACCCAGCUGAGGGAGGGAAUUCGGCACCCAAGUUCCGUGAUUGGCCGUGUCCGUCGAUAAACCCUGCAAGGAGUGGACCUAAACGGGACGACCCUUGAGGCGGGGCGAGGCGCAUUUUGGCCGUACGCUUGCAAGACCUGCUCCGUACAUGAGAGGCCACCCCGGCAGCGCAAAUCCAAAAUUGGGGACUGGGCGGAGCAAGGUAGGGCUUGGACGGACGGCUGAACAGGGGUCAAAAUGGGGGUGGGUGUGAUGUGAUGCACAGCUUCCGCUGUCAGUUGUCUAGGG